CCUGGGGUCACUCAACAGACUCAUUUUAGCUGCCCUGCUACGACACUGCUGCUGUUCACUUGCAAUGAAUAUCUAAAAUACUCCCAUCGAUCAUAUUCACGGCUCCUCCUGGAAAGGUCAUGCAACCCUCACUGUCGCUCACACCUCGUCCAUUCUGGCCCUGCCGCCACCUGUUCACAUGUCGGUCUCCAACGGUAUUAACCACGCCGUGGACUAUCUCGACUCUGACAACUAUGACCCCAUCGAACAUCUAGACCAAAUCUUCUCCCACCCCUCUACCCUUUCCUCCGUCACCCAGACUUCCCAUGCUCUCCAAGUCUACCAGAACGACCUGGACGAUGAGAUCGACUUGCUUGAGGAAGAGCAAAUCCAAUCCAAUGCAGAAUGUCUUCGCCGCAUGGAGGCUUCCAAGUCCGAGCUCUCCGAGUUGUUCCAGCGCAUCGAGAGUGUCCGCGAACGAGCCAUUCAGACCGAGCGCAACAUCACCGAGAUGACCGCCGACAUCAAACAACUAGACAAUACAAAGAGAAACUUGACACUGUCUAUGACCGCCUUGAAACGCUUGCAGAUGCUGACAACCGCCUACGAACAACUCCGUGCCCUGGCAAAGACUCGACAAUACCGCGAAUGCGCUCAAUUGCUUCAAGCCGUCAUUCAAUUAAUGGCCCACUUCAAGUCAUACCGAUCCAUUGACCAGAUCGCAACGCUGAGCAGAAAUGUUGCAGACAUACAGAGAGAGCUUUUGGAACAGGUUUGUGAGGAUUUUGAAAUUACUUUCACCAAGGAAGAAGUUGGCCAGAAACGAGACUUGCUUCAAGAGGCAUGCUUGGUGGUUGAUGCUUUGGGCGACUCAGCCCGAUCCAGAUUGACCACAUGGUACUGCAACACACAGCUUCGUCAGUAUCGACAUAUCUUCAAAGGCGACCAAGAAGCCGGUUCCCUUGAUAACAUUGAUCGAAGAUACGCAUGGUUCAAGAAAACCCUCAAGAUCUACGAUGAAGAACACGCCGCCAUUUUCCCUAGCAAUUGGAGGGUCAACGAGAUCCUGGCUAAUGUCUUCGCUGAAGGCACUCGCGACGAUUACAAAGGUAUCUUGAAUCGAACCACUCGAAAUGGUCAGACCAUAGAUGUUCGAUUACUUCUCUCAUGUCUUCAACAAACUCUCGACUUUGAACAUGGCCUAGAAAGGAGGUUCAAUCACACAUCAAGAACUUCCAUGGACACCAUGGCAUCUGCAAGUGAUGCACCGAUCUUCGGCCAGCCAAUCUCAGAUGCCUUUGAACCCUAUCUUAGCUUAUGGGUAGACGCUCAAUCCAAGGAACUGGGAAAUCUCAUCCCCCAGUACCGACAAAGACCCCCGAAACCUCCAGAUGAAGACUUUUCCUCACAACAAGUCAUCGCUUCUUCCACAGAGUUGUUUAAUUUUUACCGUCUCUCGUUGGCCCAAUGCGCCAAACUCUCCACGGGCCAGCCACUCCUCGACUUGGCCAACGUCUUUGGCCGCUAUCUCGACCAGUAUGCCCAGCAGGUUCUUCUUUAUUGUAUAUCCGAGAAGCCGUCAGGUGGCACCCCUUCUAGGAUUCCCUCAAUCGAGGAUGUCAUUUUGGUUCUCAACACCGCCGAUUACUGCUUCAACACGUCAAAUUCCCUCGAAGAGAAGAUCAAAAGUCGCAUCGAUGAGAACUUCAAGAACCAAGUUGACUUGCAAAGCCAGGCUGAUGCGUUUAUGGGAAUUGCCAGUGCAGCAGUUCGAGGCUUGGUCCGUAGGGUCGAAGUCGAUCUGGAGCCAAGUUGGAGAGAGAUGCGCAAUAUUUCGUGGUCCAAGAUCGAGAGCUGUGAGGACAAGAGUUCAUUCAUCGCUGGACUACAAUCUCGCAUCAAGGAACGCUCGGCUGAGAUUCUGGCCAUGCUUCACAAGCAACAAUAUGCGCGCGCGUUCGCCGAUAACCUCGUGGAGCUGGUUGCGUCCGCUUACGUGUCCAACGUGGCUUUGUGCAAACCCAUUUCAGAAGGUGGCGCAGAACAGAUGCUCCUUGACACUCAUGAGAUCAAGAACACGUUGACACAUUUGCUGCCCGGCACGCCGCCUCCACUUUUCCUCAAACGUGUCUCGGCCACGUUUAACAAAAUCGAGCCUUUGCUCAAAGUCCUCCAAGUCCGCCCAUCCCCUCCCGAGGCUGUCGUACAAGCGUAUCUGAUCCAUAUUGCCGAUCUAUCCGAGGUCAACUUCCGAAAGAUCCUUGAACUGAAAGGAAUCCGCACCAAAUCAGACCAGAGCCAGUUGGUGGAAUUAUUUCAGAUGCAUAAAUUCAGCCCUCGAUACAAGGACAGUCUAGUCGAGCGCUCACCGCUUCUGACAUCGUUGAACAUGUCGGCCACCUCGGCUCCAGGCAGUUCUUCUGCACUGGGAAGUGGCGCAACAUCGACGCCGGCGGUCGCCUUGCACAACCUCUCCUCGUUGGGCAACUCGGCCGCAGCCAGCUUGAGCACGGCCAAUCUUCCUGCCAACAUGAAAUUCGAUGCCUCGGCCCUGAUCGACCGUUUCAGUAGUCCCGCGCUGGGUGUCAAUCUCCCUGGGAUCGGCACUCCUCGAGAUGGAAAUCACAGUCCCCCUUCGAUGGCCGCCUCUGUUGCGACCGGAGGGUCAAGCAUGGGAAUGGCAUCACAUGCUCCCACAGGAGAUGGGGGCUUUUCGGGCGCCGAGGCUGGUGCUAAAUUGAACGAGAACCUGAGAAAUAUCGGCAAAUUCUUCAAAAGAGACCUCGGUGGUUUUGGAGGCAUGGGUCGAUUUGGCAGUAAAACCGUGAGUCCAGCGCCGCCUGAGGACCGGGCCUGAUCAUGUAUUUGGAUGGUCGAUGGUGACGGAGUGAACACACUCUAGAGAUGACAGGUCCACGUGGGACUUUGUCAGCAAUGGCCUGUAGGGAUCAUGUAUAGAGUCAAGUAGUCAGAGAAUUUACGUGUCGGUGUCUGUGUCCAUGUCCGAUUUACGGUUAGAUGUACAAACAGAGUGGCAGAGACGUCGAGAAUUCAAGAUAGUUGGACCAUGGGUUUGUUUGUAUACAUGUAUUUAUGGAUGACCUGUACCAAUUUGGAG